AUGGAGAUAAUUACGCAAACAGAUCCUGGUAUCCAAUGCAUGUAUAAAAGCCCAGCCAAACUCUAUGAGGCACCUCAUCUUCGACCAGGACACGCUUUCGGAGUUCCCGGCAAUGCUUACGAGUCCUGUGGCGAUAACCGCGGCCCACUCAUGGACGACAACACUCGCUAUAAGAUCCUAUAUUACCACGAAGGAACUCGAAAUGUACUUGCUCUAGGGAGAGUCGCCAGGUUUCAAACUGGCUUCCUUCCACCCGCAAAAAAUUUAUUCAAACUGAGAUGGAACUGCGAUCUUGAAGCAGAGGCGAGGAAAUUGACCACAAGGCUCGGCACUGUACCAGAAGUAGAUGACCCCAGGCCAAUCAAGAAGAGAGAGCGAAAGUACGACUUCAUAAGCAAAUCAAUCGACGAAUGGCUCCUGCCAACGGAGAGUUAUCCCAUAGAUGGUGUCAAGUACAAUGUGAGCUUGUAUGGCAGCAGCAAUCUGUACACUUUCGCCAAUAUGGCCUAUGAUAAGAUUUACGAAGUCGGCUGCAAUUAUGAAGAGUGCCCCAACGGAAAUGACAUCAGAGCUUCGCUUAUUUGUAUCUACAAUAAAAAGGUUCCUGACUACGCACCUCUGUACGAAGUGGGAGACAAGGACCCAGAUCAGGCGGGCUGUAACAAGGAUGAUAACGUCUGUCAGCAUCUGAACCUUCCGAAAGCCACAUGCGAUGACCUCCUCUGCAAACUACCCAAUGUGGUUUCGAGUUUCCUCUAA